AUGAACUCCAAAUACCUUUCUGCACCGGUAAACAUCUCACGGUUUAUCGAGAUGUCGUCGCGCAGCCUCUCGCCGCAGCGGGAGAUAUUACAGAUGACGGCCCAGCUGCAUCGCCCGCGGCCGAGUAAGAACCAAGACCCUGCUAUUCAAGGCAACCGCGGUGUGGAAAAUAAAGAUGUAGUGCAGCAGAUAGAGCACCAAGAACAGAAUACCGUACAAAACACAGCGUAUCUGCUGCAGUGUGGCAGCGCACUGUAUGAUCCAGUAAAGGAGGGCUGGCGCUGCUGGAACGGCCAUGAGUUACGCAUCAAGGAGAGAGCGCAAUAUGGGCCCGUUGACGGUGUUAGUUGCGACUUCUGUGGCUAUACUGACUGGUUAGAGGAGCUGCGGGAGGUGAAGGAGGUACCAAAAACGAAGGGUCGGGGUGGGAAAAGGCCCAGGGCGAAGACAGUCAAGAAGGAGACGCUGUACUUUUACCAUUGUGACGUGUGUGGUAUGGAUCUCUGCACUCACUGUGCCAAGGAGCUGCGCGAUGAUUCCCGCUACCAUGUUCCCUGUAUGCAGUGUAGGCGUUGCCUGGUGUUUAUGCGCGACGAUGAGGCAGUCUUGCACCGCUGCUACAUGAAGCAUGAGCACGGGACACCCACAUUGGUGACGCCGUCGUCCUCAGCCAGCGGAGGGGCCUCUUCUUCCUCACACGCCGAGUCUGUUGCGCCCCUAGCAUUGGCGACUCAGACCAAGCCGUCGCCCCCUGUGCUUGACGUGGCGCCGAUGCCGCAGCGCCCAAAAACAACAUGGGAGGUGUUCGUGACGUUUGAGACUGCAGUGGAGGAGGCGCUGGUGCGCCGCAUUGGAGAGGCGCUUGCAGUGGAGGAGGCGGAGGCGCCAGAGGAAAAGGGACAACGCAUUUUUCGCACGCGAACGAGACUUGCAGCGGAGGAAUUUGCGCAGAGAAUUCAUGACACGGGCCUUUUUGCAUCACUCCGCCGUUUCCGUCUAUGA